CUUUAUUUUUAUUUUUUUUACUGCUACAUUCCCCAUUUUUGUCUCUCAUUUAGAGGGACCCCUCAUCCUUUUCUUCACCUUUUUAAGAAGUUUGGGUUUCUUGUUGUGUGCAGCAAAAAAUGCAUCUGGUAUACAUAUAGCUCUCAGAUCAAAUCAACCCACUUGAAGCAAUUCUUGAUGUAGUUUUGUGUCUUUCUUGGCUGAUUAGUUGAGUUAAAAAUUGAAUCUUUGUGCAUAAAUCAGAGAGAGGAGAAAAGGGGUUAGAAGAAAACCUAAAGUUGUGGAAGAAUUAAAGAUCUUUUUUUUUGGGUUAAAACAUGAGGGAUUUUCCUUCUUGUUUUGGGGAAACUGGGGUUCAAGUAGCUGAUUUUUCAUCAUCAGGUGCUAAUAAGGCUGCUCAGAAUUUGGUAACUUGUGUUUAUCAGUGUAAAUUGCGUGGGAAAUCUUGUUUGCUUAAUGUUACUUGGAGUAAGAAUUUGAUGGGUCAAGGUCUUACUAUUGGGAUUGAUGAUAAUACAAAUCAGUGUCUCUGUAAGGUUGAUAUUAAGCCCUGGUUGUUUUCGAAGAAGAAAGGGUCAAAGACUUUAGAAGCAUAUUCUAGGAAAAUUGAUGUAUGUUGGGACCUUUCGUCAGCGAAGUUUGGAUCUGGUCCUGAGCCAUUGGAAGGAUUCUAUGUGUGUGUUGUUUCCGAAAGGCAAAUGAUUUUGCUCCUUGGUGAUAUGAAAAAAGAAGCUAUCAAGAAAACAAGUGCCACCCCUGCUGCUUGUGGUGCUGUUUUUAUUGCUAAGAAGGAGCAUAUGUUUGGUAAGAAGGUAUUUAGCACUAAGGCUCAGUUUUGUGAUAAUGGUCGAGUCCAUGAUCUCGUGAUUGAAUGUGAUACCAGUGGCACCAGUGACCCAUGCCUUGUCAUCCGCGUGGACAGUAAGCCAAUGAUGCAGGUAAAGAGGCUAAAGUGGAAGUUCCGUGGUAACCAUACCAUGUUGGUUGAUGGCCUUGGCGUAGAAGUGUUUUGGGAUGUCCAUAACUGGCUUUUUAGCACAUCCGUUGGAAGUGCCGUUUUCAUGUUCAAGACCAACAUUUCAGCAGAGAAAUUAUGGGCAACACAGCCCAUAUGCGAUCCCCAAACACUACAUUGGUCUUGGUCGCAGAGAUUCAGAGAGGCUCAGUCGCAUGAUCUUGGUUUCUCGCUCUUUUUAUAUGCUUGGAAAAACGAAUAGUCAAUUGAUUGGAUUCAACCUUGAGUUCUAACGUAUACUUUAGCGAGCUGUGAUUUAUUGACUAUGAAAUUCAAUUAUACUUUCAUUUUAUAUACUAGUUAAUUUGUUCUUUUCGUAUGUUUAGUUGCUCAAGCUGUGAGCCAAGACAAAUAUAUAGACAUUUUUACCGGGUUGAUUGUAAAUUGUUCAAUUAUAGUUCCUUUCAUUUUCUUUUCCAAUUUACAAGGAGAAGAAUAUGGAAUCCAUUUAUUCUUGGUCAAAGGCUUCCUCUUGUUGACGUCUUUGUAUGGCUGUGAUUGAUCUAAGAAAUAUUAACAAGCAAUUGGUAUCUGCCUUGUUUCAAUAAUCUCUUCACUUGGUCUAUUUCUUGAUGCAGGCGGAAUAUACCUUAUCCCAGUCCGAUAUAUAUUGUUAUCGCUUGCAUACUGAUGAUAUACACAUAUGUUGUUUUGACAUGUCAACUUUGAUAUGACCAAUUCCUUGCAGGUGGUUCAAUUGCUAAUGAAAGUUGAUGGACUGAGACCCUGUAGGAAUGGUCUCAACAUAUGCUGUUUGCAGCAGACAAUGUGGUAUAAAUGCAUCAUACGAGCAAAUAGCUUCUUUGACCCUCGAUGCAAUAUAAGGAUAUUGGUAUGUGUUGUAUCUUGUUAGUUUUUGUGUAUUUGAAGUGUAGAUAGAUUGUGACUGUUGACAUUGCUGCAUUGAGAUUAAGGGAGUUGGUUGGACUGAAUACGGCUAGCUGUCUUACAUGAUGUUAAAUCCAUAUUUCUUCAUUCCAUAGUGAAAAAAGCUUAACAUACCCCACUUCUCUUGGACACUGUAUAUGUUCACUUAUCCAUGGGAAGCACUAAAAAUCUUCAACAGAUGUAAUUUGCCCCUUCAGCUGUUACACAAGCAUUCCCAACUAGAUUAUGUAUUUUUUUUUAGAAAUAUAAAUUGUUUUUUCCAUUUAUCCCAGACUUUCGUUUCACCUAUGUGUAGCUGAAGCCAUAGGUUGUUUUUUCCCCAUAAAUCCCAUU